AUGGCAGCAGGAAACCACACAGAAGCAUCAGAAUUCCUCCUCCUGGGUCUCUCAGAGGAUCCUGAACUGCAGCCCCUGCUCUUUGCAGUGUUCCUGUCCAUGUACCUGGUCACCGUGCUUGGGAACCUGCUCAUCCUCCCGGCCAUCAGUUCCGACUCCCACCUCCACACCCCCAUGUAUUUCUUCCUCUCCAACCUGUCCUUUGUGGACAUCUGCUUCAUCUCCACCACCAUCCCAAAGAUGCUAGCAAACAUCCAGACACAGAACAAAGACAUCUCCUACAUAGGAUGUCUCACUCAGGUGUAUUUUUUUACAGUUUUUUCUGGAAUGGACAAUUUCCUUCUGACUGUGAUGGCCUAUGACCAGUUUGUGGCCAUCUGCGACCCCCUGCACUACAUGGUCACGAUGAACCCACGUCUCUGUGGCCUCCUGGUUCUGAUGUCUUGGUUCAUCAUUUUUUCUGUCUCCCUGUUUCAUAUUCUACUAAUGGUGAGGCUGACUUUCUGUAUAGGCACUGAAAUUCCACAUUUCUUCUGUGAACUGGCUCAGGUUCUGAAAUUAGCUUGCUCUGACAAUCUUAUCAGUAAUAUCUCAUUGUAUGUGGCCACUGCACUGCUGUGUGUGUUUCCUCUGACUGGGAUCCUAUUUUCUUACUCUCAGAUUGUCUUCUCCUUAACGAGGAUGUCUUCUGUAAGAGGAAAAUACAAAGCAUUUUCCACCUGUGGGUCUCAUCUCUCUGCAGUCUCCUUGUAUUAUGGGACAGGCCUGGGAGUUUACCUCAGUUCUGCUGUGACCCAUUCUUCCCAGAGAAGCUCAAUUGCCUCAGUGAUGUACACCUUGGUCACCCCCAUGCUGAACCCCUUCAUCUACAGCCUGAGGAACAAGGAUGUGAAAGGGGCCCUGGGAAGGCUCCUCAUUCGAGCAGCCUCUUGUCCAUGAUGGGUCACUGGACUCAGAACU